AUGUUAGUCCUGAUCAGAGGAGCGCUGUCAGGUAAAGGACACGGAGCAGCAGCAGCAGGGUCGACUCUGCUGGGAUGGAGCCCAACGCGGGGCUACAUCACCGUCCUCCCCAAGACCAGGGACCCCGCGGCCCAGGUCCGGGUGCUGGACCUACGCACAGACUCAGUGACUAAGCCCGGGCCUGCAAUGCUCCAGGCCAUGGCGGCGGCCGCGGGAAGAGCCGAGCUGAUAAAGGAGAACCCGAUAGUUAAAGAGCUACAGAACAUUGCAGCGGAUAUGUUUGGAAUGGAGGACGCGCUCUUUAUACCCAGUGGAACCAUGGGAAACCUUGUUGCAGUGAUGUCGCACUGCUGGGAGCGAGGCAACGAGAUGAUUGUGGGCGACCUGUCCCAUAUGCACUUAUAUGAGCAGGGAUCCAGCGCACAGGUGGCUGGUGUCCACAGCACCACAGUGACCACGCUCCCUAAUGGAACAUUUGACUUGGACGAGCUGGAAUCAAAGAUCCGCCACGCUUACCCCCGCUCACGGCUCAUAUGUUUGGAGAACACACACAACAUAAAGGGAGGACGUGUGUUGCCUCUGGCCUUCUUGCAGGAGGUUCGUGCUUUGGCAGACAGAUACGGGCUGUCGGUUCACAUGGACGGCGCCAGGCUAUUGAACGCUGCCGUGGCCCAGGGGGUGCCUCCACACACAAUACUGCAGCACACACACUCCGUCACUUUGUGCCUAAACAAGGGUUUGGGUGCCCCUGUUGGUUCCGUGAUGGCUGGAUCCAAAGACUUCAUCAACCGAGCGGAGCGGUGGAGACAAGCCCUGGGUGGGCGGAUGGGCCAGAUUAGUGUCCUAGCAGCAGCUGGAAGAGUGUCUUUACUGGAUAUGGUGGGACGACUGGAGGAGGAUCACCGCAACGCAAAAACCUUUGCUCAAGCUCUGCUCGACUGUGACCCCCCUCUAUUUGCUGUGGACAUGGCGUCUGUGGAGACAAACAUCGUGGUUUUCCGUCUCAGGGAGCCCAGCUUGAGUCCGACUGAGUUCUGCGCCCACAUGGUUCAGGUCGGAGAGGGGGAGGAGGCUGCGCUGGGACAAAUGGUACAGGUUGCGAUGAUUCCUUUCUUUGGAAACUCGGUCCGGGCUGUGUGGCAUCUCGGGAUCUCCCCUGAAGAUACCCAGCUGGCCAUCCAGAAAAUGCAGUAUGUUGCGUCUCAGUACUCAAAGGAGAAACUCCUUUGUUCGGCACGUGUCUAA